GUGAGCGGAGAACCCGGAUGUUCCCAAACCCGGAAGUGUCACGCGGCAGUGAAGUCCGACCCGGAUCAGAGUGGACCGGGUCUAAAGCGGGCCUAAAGCGAGUCUGCGGCGGGUUGUGACGGUCAGAGUGGACCGGGUCUGAACCGGGUCGGAACCGCAGCAUGGCGGCCCUGGACGUGGAGGACGAGAGCAUCCUGGCCUCCAUCUUCCGGGACAGCUUCCCGGACCUGCGACCGGGCCUGCCCCGGGACCACCCGGACUUCACGGCCUACUUGUCCGAGCUGAGCUCGUUCGGCCUGGAGAAGCUGGUCCGGGAGCCGGAGCGGCUGGAGGAGGAGCGGGCCCAGAUCCUGCAGCAGACCCGGGAGCUGGCCUUCUCCAACUACCAGACCUUCAUCCGAACCGCCGACUGCACCGAGCACAUCUACCGGGACUUCGGCCGGGUGGAGGGCAGCGUGUCCCGCCUGCUCGACAAGCUGCCCGGCCUGGAGCAGAAGUGCAGGGGCUUCGUGCAGCAGGCGGAGCAGAUCGGCGCGGCCCGCCGGAUGAACAGCCUGACGCUGAACCGGCACACGGAGAUCCUGGAGGUCCUGGAGAUCCCCCAGCUGAUGGACACCUGCGUGAGGAACGGCUACUACGAGGAGGCGCUGCAGCUCGCCGCGUACGUCCGCCGGCUGGAGAGGAAGCACGCCGCGCUGCCCGUCGUCCAGGCCAUGGUCCAGGAGGUGCGGCAGUCCAGCCAGCUGAUGCUGGGCCAGCUGCUGGCGGCGCUGCGCUGCGGCGCGCCGCUGCCGGCCUGCCUGCGCGUCAUCGGCUUCCUGCGGCGGAUGGACGUGUUCACCGAGGCGGAGCUGCGCGUCAAGUUCCUGCAGGCGCGCGGCUCCUGGCUGGACUCGGUGCUGGCCGCCGUGCCCGACGACGACCCCUACGCGCACGUCACCAAGACCAUGGAGGCGUGCCGCGUGCACCUGUUCGACGUGGUCACGCAGUACCGCGCCGUGUUCUCCGACGAGGACGCGGCGGGCGCCGAGGCCCGGGUGUUCCAGGGCUGGGUGGCGCGGCGGGUGCGCGACUUCCUGCGCACGCUGGAGCGCGACCUGCGGCGCGGCGCCGGCGGCCGCCUGGACUCGCUGCUGGGCCAGUGCAUGUACUUCGGCCUGUCCUUCAGCCGCGUGGGCGCCGACUUCCGCGGCCAGCUGGCGCCGCUGUUCUCCGCCGCGGCGGCCGAGGCGUUCGGCCGCGCCCUGCGGGACGCCGCCGACCGCUUCCGGGAGGACAUGGGCGCGUACGCGCCGGUCGCUCUGCCCGCCGCGCUGGGCGGCGCGGCGCCCCCGCCCGCCCCGGCGCCGCAGGCCGGGACCCUGCAGCCCCCCAUGGCCCUGCUGGACUUCCCGCCGCUCGCCUGCUUCCUCAACAACGUGCUGAACGCCUUCAACGAGCUGCGGCUGUGCUGCCCGCUGGGCCUGGGCCACACCGUCACCCGGCAGCUGCAGGACGCCCUGUGCACGGUGUGCGGCGAGCUGCUGCUGUUCCACCGGGCCGAGCACUCGGCUCUGAGCAGCAGGGAGCAGGACGUCUUCGUCCAGAUGUGUGUGUCGUUCGCCGAAGACCUGCUGCCCUUCAUCAACCGCUGCCUGCAGCUGCUGUUCCCACACACACACAUCGCCCAGUGCACCGGGGUGUCUGUCUCUCAGCUCCAGAGGUUCGGUUCUGUCUUCCGGGUCGACGUCGACGUGGUUCUGGAGCCGCUGAACUUUCUUCUUCCUCGGAGGGAAACGGAACCGUUGCCGACGGCGACGCUGGACCCGGACCUCCUGGCCGAGCUCGGCAGCCUGACGCCGGACACACCCGGACCGGGACCGGGACCGGGACCGGGACCAGUAACACUGCAGGGUCCAGGUUCAGAUGAAGGAGCUGAAUCAGCAGAGCUGCAGUCAGACCGGGACCUGGACCCCCCUCUGGACUGAGGCCCGGGUCUGGACUGAGGCCCGGGUCUGGACUGAGGCCCGGGUCUGGACUGAGGCCCGGGUCUGGACCUUCUGAGUGACACGUUGGGUUUUGAGGGUUUUUUCAUCAGAAGAAAAAUACAUGAAACUGUUUCCUGUCA